AUGCAAAACCCUGCCCCACAAUUCCAAUCUCAAUCCAAGAGAGACCAAGAGUUCGAAGAAGGUCUGAACCGCUUACGCAAAGAUUAUGCUACUGCCCCUAUGGAAGACGACAGGCUUUCAGUCUCUUCCCUCAAAUCGACCGAUUCGACUCGUACCACAGAUUCGGUUCGUGACCGUGAAGACUACCUCAAGCAGUCUGAGAGACUCUUCAUCCUACAACCAUUUACAGUUGGAGCUCUCAAGAACAUGCGCAAUUACGAAGGUCAGACACCAGCUGGAGACCGCAAAACAGACGUACUCGCAAGAGCCGUCCAGCUCGUCAAAACAAAGACUGAGAUAGUCGACUUCAUUCUUGCAGCUUGCCCAUACAAGUAA